UACACUAUUAUAAUAGUGACAUCUUUAGUCCUCCACUUAUUGUGUCAAAAUCAUAAUGUGAGGACUAAAAAUGUCAAUUUGACAAUACAAGGGGUCUAAAUGUGGGAAACCUUGAAGUCGGGAACUAAAAGUGUCUCUAGCACAAUAGUCGAUGACUAAAAAAGGAAAAAUUAGAAGUCGAGUACCAAAAGUGUCAUUGACAUAAUAGUCGGGGAUCAAAUAUGGCAAAAGCUCACAACUAAAUAAACACAUAAGAAGCACGUGAUCUCAAUUUAUGACUUUGAAAGUAGAAAAUGCAAAAUGAAUACAAAUUGGUAAUGUGUGUUACCGUGUUCUAAUUUAUUUUUUUUGGAACAACUGUGUUCUACUCCCUCCGUUCCUAAAUAAACUUCCACUUUCCCUUUUUAGUAAAGAAUUUGUGGUUCACAACAUUUCUUACACAUUUCUCUCUCCUCUGCACAACUCUCCACCACACAAUAUCCACUAUCUUAAAUUAUGUGCAAAACCUAUUUGGAAGUUUUAAUAGGAACGAGGGGAGUAAUUUGGAAAGUGAACUUCUCCAAAAAAAGGAAAUGAAAAAUUGAAAAAAUAAAAAUAGAAAAUGAAAAAUGAAAAACUGAAAAGAGAAAAGUUUACAGGUGCACCGUAGGAUGAUCCGGGUGACCAGGUCAAACAUCUUGUCAUCUUCUAAAUUGAUUCGUAUUCUCCAAUCUGUAUCAUCAUUGACUUUGGUCUGCACGUUGUCAUUUAUUCCUUCAUUCCGUUUGCGAUUUUUGGUUGGGUUAUAUCAUCACAAUCAUAACUCAUAAGAGAUAACGCCAUAGCUGGAGGGAAGGAGAAAAUAGACAGAUGGGAGGAGAAAGGGUAGUGGGAGUGGCGGUCGAUUUUUCAGCGUGCAGCAAGAAGGCUCUGAAAUGGGCGGUUGAGAAUUUGCUCCGGAAAGGGGAUCACCUUGUUCUCGUCACGGUUCGUCCUCAAGGCCACUACGAGGAAGGCGAGAUGCAGCUCUGGGAAACCACCGGUUCUCCUCUGAUUCCUAUAGCGGAAUUGACGGAUAGUCAUAUUAUGAACAAAUAUGGAGUCAGUCCAGAUGCAGAAACACUGGACAUUGUGACUACUGCAGCCAGGCAGAAGGAGAUUGUUGUUGUGAUGAAGAUAUUUUGGGGUGAUGCCCGAGAGAAGCUGUGUGAAGCAGUGGAUAAAGUUUAUCUGAGCUGUCUUGUUGUUGGGAAUAGAGGACUUGGCACACUCAAGAGGUUUGUGAACGUUUUAUUUCCUUUAAAUUAUAAGGAAUUUCAUGUUUUUCACCUUUGCAGCCACCGUUUGUUACGAUACUAUGAUUGGGUUUCAGCUAAAUUCAAACAAAUAAGCAGUGUUUUCUUUUUGUGUUUUGAAGAAAAAUUAGAAAGCAAAUGAAGCUCGUGUCUUCAAUACAUGUUUGUUGUGCUUGUCCCAAUGUUGUUAGAACGUUAUGUGGUAUCCAUCAAGUAGGUAUGAAGUUGAAGUAUAAUAUUUCCUAUUACGAUAAUCUAAGGAAACAAUAAUCAUCCUGGUAAUAACUCUAAUAAAACAAAGAAGGUUUUACUAAAUCCUUAUGAAUUGCAUUCCAAGACACAUCUAGGAUACAGCAAGUAAUUCAUUAAACUAUUUAUUGUAUUUAUUCUGCUUUGAAGUGGAAUACAAGUAAGCUAGUUUAAGCUAAAAUAGGCCACCAAAAGGAACCUAACUUUCAUGAAGUCUUUCUGAAGUCUUGUGUGAGCAGGUUAGAACCAAUGAUGAAACGAUACAUCGAAAUAUAUGUACUUUGAGGUCCCGCAUAUCUAUAUGAGGGUAGUGAAAUUUCUCUCGAAUAUCUGAGAUAACUAAGAGAAGGGGAGCCUUAGCAUAUCGUUUAAGGUGUUGUGAUGUGACCUCUCAAUCACAUGUUUAAGUCUUGAGAUCAGCUUCUUGUGAAAAUGACAAGGGAAGGGUUGCCUCCUACACACCCUUGUGUUGGGCCCUUCCCUAAAGUCUAGCUAUAUAAAUAUAAAGUACCAAUUUCGAUAAAUACGGAUAUUUUUGUUCUUGAUUACAACCUAUCCAUUUAGACUUUGAGUAGUCUGGGUUUUUAUUACAAACUCAGUCAGUAUAAAGUUCAUGAAGCAAUAACAAAUACUCCACCAACAUUCUGCCAUGGUAAAAAGUAAAAAAUAAUUGGAAAUGUUGUUCUUCUGUUUUGCCAUUGCAGGGCUAUAAUGGGUAGCGUCAGUAACUAUGUGGUGAAUAAUGCUUCUUGCCCAGUUACCAUUGUGAAGAGUUCUGUGAAUGAAUAACUCUGGGAUGGCUUACCAUCUUCUGUUGUAUCCAUAUCUAUAAUCCUUAACUAAUACCGAGUACUAAAUACAGUGACCUCUUGUUUGUUGUCUUAAAAUAUCUGUUUGUUUGUCAAAUGUAUGUAAUCAUUCAGUCAAGUGGCUGUUUUUGUUGGUCAUGUUUGUAUACUGGAGAUUGAGAUUGUUGCCCCAUUAAUAAAACUUGAAGAUCAGCAUUAGUACGACAUUUUUUCUUUAAUCAAGCAAGCAUUUGGUUGAAUUGU